AUGGGGGCGGGGGCGGGCGGCGCGGCCCUGGGGCGGGCGGCGCUGGCGGCGCCGCUGGUGCUGCUCUACUACGGCUUCUCCAUCGGCAUCACCUUCUACAACAAGUGGCUGAUGAAGAGCUUCCCGUUCCCGCUGCUGGUCACGCUGCUGCACCUGCUGCUCAUCUUCGCUCUGGCGGCGCUCGCCCGCGCCCUGGAGCGCUGCCGCUCCGGGCGGCCGCGGGCAGCGCUGUCCUGGGCCGACUGCCUCCGCCGGGCCGCCCCCGCAGCUCUGUCAACUUCCUUGGAUAUUGGGCUGAGUAACUGGAGCUUCCUGUAUGUCACUGUCUCCCUCUACACGAUGACCAAAUCCUCUGCCAUUCUCUUCAUCCUGCUUUUUUCACUGCUCUUCAAGCUGGAGGAGAUGAGGGUGACGUUGCUGCUGGUGGUUCUGCUCAUUGCUGGGGGACUCUUCAUGUUCACCUACAAGUCCACACAGUUCAACGCUCAGGGCUUUGUGCUGGUGCUCUGUGCCUCCUUCCUGGGGGGCAUUCGCUGGACUCUCACACAGAUCCUGAUGCAGAAGGCUGAACUGGGGCUCCAGAAUCCCAUUGAUAUCAUGUUUCACCUGCAGCCGCUCAUGUUCCUGGGGCUCCUCCCACUCUUUGCGGUGUUUGAGGGCCUUCCUUUGUCCAUAUCAGAGAAGCUCUCCCGUUUCCAUGAAGCAGGAAUGCUGUUCUCUCUGGUAGGGAAGCUGUUCUUGGGUGGAAUUCUUGCCUUUGGUCUAGGCUUUUCUGAGUUCCUCUUGGUUUCCAGAACAUCUAGCCUCACCCUUUCCAUUGCUGGCAUUUUUAAGGAAAUCUGCAUUUUAUUCCUGGCCACACAUUUACUGGGAGACCGCCUCAGUCUCUUGAACUGGCUGGGCUUUGCUGUCUGCCUGUUGGGAAUCUCCCUCCACGUUGUUCUGAAAGCCAUGAAUUCCAAAGGUGACAAAGCACUGGAGCCACACAAAGAGGGCAGCUCUAACCCUGACCUGCAGCUGCUGCUGCGCCACCCCGAGCAGGCUGAGGAAGAGGAGGAGGUUGUUGAAACCCCACAGCAGCACUGACUGAACAUGAAGCACAAAGCCACCUGCUCUGUUCUUACCUAACCUGCCUGACAGCUAUCCAGGAGGAAGGUCCAAAAGUCUCGGUGACCACCCAGAGCAGAGCCAGGGCCCGCUGAGAGAAUUCUGCUGUUCUGCUGCAGUGUGGAUCUGUAGAUGCUGCACAAGAAAAGGCAACAUCCCUUUCACAGGAACUUGGAAGACAAGCCCUGGUUCAGUGGGUGUAGAAUGGUGAGGGGAGACAGGGAAAAGCUAUGAAAAGUCCAUUAGGAGAUCCUGAAAGCUGUUUACUGACAAUGCAGACCAUGAGCUGUAGAAUGAACAUGGACAUGUCUGGACUGCAGGCUGAGUGAUUCAGGGAUGACUUUACUGCUGUUUAGGUUUUGACUUCAAAGGAGAAGGUAGCUACACCUUCCAUUUUCUUUUUUUAAUGUUUCUGCAAAUUAGGAACUCCCAUCCUGGUGGGAUCACUGAAUAAAUCCCUAGAGUUGUCCCAGCAAGGACCUUUUGUGCCUGGGGACCUCUAUGUUCUGUGUGCACAGUAAGGAGAGAAUUGAAUGCUGGUAUUUGGGACCAGUUGAAAAUUAUGAACAUUUCCAGAUGAUGUAGGUUGGAGUGAAGACAGGGAUGCAGGAGUACUUCUGGUGCUACAGGCCAAGAGGAGAAUGAGCAGUGUCACAUGAGAUCUAACUUGAGCAAUAAGCUUAUCAGAAAGUGUGUGGGGUUUUGAGAGGGGGAUUUUUUGUUUUUUAAAUAAACUCUUUUUCUCA